GAUAAUCCAUUAUUCAAUAACAGUGAAAUAAUAAUGACGAUUGGAAAAUCUAAAACGGUCGAAACAUUCUUAAAAACUGCGGCUAAAAAAUUAAAAUUUCAAGUAGUGGUUGCUGAAACUUCGCCAACCUAUAGCGGUCAUGAAAUGGCUUUAUCCCUUUCUCAAGCUGGUAUUGAUACAACAGUAAUUACGGAUUCAGCUAUAUUUGCUGUCAUGUCCAGAGUAAAUAAAGUUAUAUUAGGAAUUCAUGCUGUCUUGGCAAAUGGCGGGCUUAUAGCCGUAAGUGGCACACAAAUGGUCGCAUCCGCAGCAAAACAUCAUUCAACCCCUGUAGUUGUUUGCACCGGACUAUACAAAUUAUCCCCUUUAUAUCCAUAUGACGUAGAUUCAUUUAACGAUUUAGUAGCACCAGAUUCAGUCUUGAAUUUCGAUCAAGGCGAGUUAGUAGAUAAUAUUACCUUAUUGAAUCCUUACUAUGAUUACGUUACGCCAGAACACGUCGAUUUAUUUAUUACAAAUACUGGAGGGCAUCCGCCUUCCUAUUUAUAUCGUCUAAUCAAUGAAAAUUACGAUCCCGAAGAUACUGUAGUAUAA